AUGUAUUAGAAAUCAUCAUUAAAAAAAAAGAAUAAUGAUAUCCUGCAAGUAUAAAAUAAUUAUAUAGGAUUAUUAUCAUCUAAAUAAAAAUUAAAUAUAAGAUUAUAUAUUCAAUUUUUGGGUACAAUUCAUUUGGAGUAUUUUUAAUAUGAAAAUUUAAGAUUCUUUAAUAUAUUUCUUUUCAACCACUUAUUAAUACCAUCUUACCAUUAAUUACCAAUAAAUCAAUAUGUAUAUGAUUCCCCCAAAAUUAUUAAUAAAAAUAUGAUAACAAAAUAUAAUAUUUGUAAUAUCAACCAUAAUAACAUAUUCCAAAUUGAUUUGAUCAUCAAUUUUUAAAGCAAAUAAAAGCUAAGAAAUUUAAUAAAAGUAUAUUAAAAAUUGAAAAUUUAGGAAAACUAAUCAUAAAUAUGA